GUCUUACCAUCUCUCCAUCACACUCCUCUCCACAUCACCAUCGACCACGUACUGACGACGGCCACCACCUCCACCCUCCGCCGCAAUGUCCUCGUGGGCACCCGAUUCAAGCAUGCGGCCCCCUCCUCCACAACAACACUUGAAUCACCCCGGAGGCUUCGGCCAGCCCCCUCCACAACCAGCAGCGGGCAUGAUGGCCAUCCCCGCCGCCGCUGCCGCCGCCCACGGAGCACAGCACCAGCGGCCACACAGCGUCGCGUUUGUGCCGCCGGGCCACUUGUCGCUGCCGCACAUGCAGCACCACGCGCAAGACCGGGGCAUGUUUGGGCGCGCGUCGGGCAUCGCGCAGACACGGCCUGGCGACAUGCGCUCGCGGCCAAAUCCGUCGAGCAUCAGCACGUCGGACGACGCGAUCGAGGCCCUCGCCCCGCCCGCGCCCUUUGACCCGCUGUAUGCCGAGGCCGUGCUCCUCGCGUACGGGCGCGCGAAACGCGGCCGGUUCAAGGGCCGUAGUGAUGACGAGGUCAACGCCAAGCUCGACGCACUCGAGCAGCGGUUACCGAGAUACUAUGCCGAGUCGUUUGGCAAGGUGCGCAACACGCUCGGCCUGCGCGGCGGCGCGUCAGAGUUGCGCGUCACGCCGUUCAUGAUCCCGCCACCGAGUCAGCCGCCCCAGCAGCAGCAACAGGCGGCGGCGCAACCGGCACCACCAACAGCUGGCCUCUCAACAGCGCCAUCCAUCAGAAUCCCGGACACGACGAGCGGGCCAGCACAGAGCAGCCUGCAGGUGCCGGCAGGGCCUGACAACUUUCGACCGUCGUCAGCGCCGACGCGCACAGGCUCGUGGCCGAGGCGCCAUGGCAACAUCCUGCCCGUGUCGCCGCCCAUCCCCGAGGCUGCAGCAGCAGGAACAUCGACAGCAACAACCGCCCCAGCCCCCGGCCCAUCACACCCGGUGCCACCAGCACAAGUCGAGUCGCCGCCCGUGCCCGCCCCGCCUGCAGCCACGCGCCCUCGCGUCCGCCGCAGGUCAACUGACAUCGUCACUGACUUGCCACCCGCGUACGCGAUGGUCGACCCAAGUGGGGAGGGACGGCCGACGAGACCGGCUUCGAUAACUUCUGCGCCCGUGGCAAUCCCUGGACGGUCAGGAUCGAGCGAUGCGCGCGCAACGUCGCCGUCGAACCAGCACCGCCUGUCCGUCACGCAGCUCGCGUCGUCGCCACCAGGGGUCGCGACGUCACCGACGGCGGGGCGGCAUAGCGUCGGGACGCUAGAGUCUGCUGCCAUGGCGUCUGCACGUGCCGAGCUCGAGUCGCUUGCGUUGCUUGAAGCGUCGCGCAGGAGGGAGCAGGAGGCUGCACGUCGCGAAGCGGAGCUCGCUCGGCGAGAAGAGGAGCGUGCAGCGGAGGAUGCGCGGCGCGAGGCGGAGCGUGUGCAGCAGGAGGAGCAGCGCCGGGCCGAAACUGCGCGUCGUGAAGCCGAGCUGGCUCGCAGGGAGGAGGAGCGGGCGACGCAAGAGGCGAUUCGGGAAGCCGAGCUCAUGCGGCGAGAGGACGAACUGCGCAAGCGUGAAGAGCGCGCCGCCGAGCUCGCACGCCGCGAGGAGGAGUUGCGACGCCGCGAAGAGCGUGCGGAGGAGCGCGAGGUCCACCUCAAGAUGAUCGCCGAGGAGGCCAGUCGGGAGCGGUACGAGCGUGAGCAGGAACGUGAGCGUGAACGCGAACGAGAACGAGAGCGCGAGGCGACGUCGUCACCGCCCGCCGUCGCGUCGUCGAGCUCAGGAUUGCGUCGGAUAACGACGAGCCCCGAACCCCCGACACCAAGCAGACAGACAACGGCGCCGGCGGCACCAUGGGAUCACGGUUCGCGCCAGUCAUCCACUUCGACAUGGAGCAGACGCACGUCCGAGCCCGUCUCGCCGACGGUGUACGUCUCUGCGCCGGAGACGAUGGUACCCCCGCCGCCUCCUCCCAGGCCGGCGCCUUCGGCACUCGACCUCCCCGACACGCUGCAGCCCCGCAUGAACUCGAGCUACAUGCGCCCUGUGCUGCCUGCGAGACCGGUAGUGGCGAACGGUGCGUCGCCACCGCCAAUCCCUGCACGGCCAGUGACGCACUACGUCGCUGAGCCCUCACCGCCCAUCAUGACCAUGCCGGUGCCGAUGCCGCAUGUCUCGCCGCUGCCGUCGACAAUGCCGACGCCGCAUCCGUAUGUGUCCCCCACGCUGCAACACGCGACUCUGCCGGCGAUGGUCUCACCGCCUCUCGCACCUCCAAUGUCACCCACAUUGCAACACGGGACCAUGCCCUCGAUCGUGUCGCCGCCGCUUCCGCCACGACCGACGACUCACCCCGCCAUCAAUAUCCCCCAGCCGUCCGUCUCGCCGUCGCCGACACUACCCCCGCCGCCGUCGCACCCCGACACGAGACCACUCCCGCAGCCAGCGACGCUCGGCCCUGUGCUCCCACCGCCUAGCCAUCCCGGCCGCGCGCCAGCCAGCCCUAUCCGCAACGCACCCCCGCUGCCGCCGCCUAGAUCGCCCAAUCUCCCAGCGACGACAACAAGAGGGUUCGAGCCGCCGACCCCUGGGCCCAAUGUCCCCGGGUCGUGGAUCGAUGGCCCGCCGCUCGAGCAGGUGCCGACGAGACCGCUCGAGGUGCAGGCUAGACCCCUACCCCCUCCGCCGCCUUCUCCUGGCGGAGCCGGUCCCGCCUCGGUGCCGUUGCUGCCGCCCAACCUCGGCCUCGGGAGCAAGGGCAAGGCGCGCGAGGCUGCGUUUCUGAAAGCGCUGUCAAAGUAGUAGGCCAGCCAGCCCAUGGGCAUGUAGUACGUAUCUAGACGUUAUCAUGUUGUAGGAUGAAGUGAUUGCAUGCAUCAGCGUCGAC